GCGCAGAAAGUCGCGGGCUUUGUGUAGCUCGAACGCGGGAUGAGACAAUACGUGAAACCUACGGCAAGCCUAAUCUAGUAAUUACAUUACCAUGGAGUGCACCUGAAAUACUUCGUUUGGAAAGACAUACAGAAAAGAGUGAUAUUUAUAGCUUGGGAAUAACUUACUGGGAAUUAGCUGCACGCAACAGACCUUAUGAGAAUCAUGCAAACGAUAAUAUUCGUGCAUCUGUUCUUGCUGGUAACCGUUUGCCGAUGCCAGAAAAUACGCCAGCGAACUUUCGUGUGGUUAUCAAUAAAUGUUGGGCGCAAGAACCACAAGAUCGGCCAAGCAGUUCUGAGAUAAUCCAAAUGGUUGAAAAAUGUAUGCAAAUUCAAGGUAAUCUAUUCUCAAUGUUUUGGUGGGAUGUAGGAGGAACUUACCAUGAACCACAGUCACCAGAACUCAAUCCUGUCCGGGUUAUUCCCAGACCAAAAGCGGAACCCUUAAAAUCAUCAUCUCAAGUGAAGUUGAAAACAACAACGAAAUCAGGUAUUCCACAGUGA